AUUCUUUGCUUGCUGGUACAACCGUCGGACGGUGACGGCGGCCCACCGAGAUGAGUCAUGCUGAGCGCGGUCGUCGAGUUUGACUACACGGCCAAGGAGCCGGACGAGCUGACGCUGAAGAAAGGUGCCAUCAUAACGAACAUCAAAGUGCAGGACGGUGGCUGGUGGGAGGGAACACUGAUCAGCACCGGCCGUACCGGUGUGUUUCCGGACAAUUUCGUCCGCGUACUAGAGCAGCAGCAGCCGCCUGCGCUGGUGGUGGAAGACAAGAACGAUGUCGUUCUAAGGGACAAGAAUGCGACGAUCAACCGGCGGUGCCGGGUAAUAUUCAGCUACCGAGAGAACAAACCGGACGAGCUAACGUUGGCCGAGGGUGACGUGAUAGAGUUUUACGAAGCCGUCGAGGAAGGAUGGUGGCGGGGCAAGCUGAACGGACGCGUCGGUGUGUUUCCGUCCAAUUUUGUUGAAAUGAUCGAAUCCGUGUCACCGAAGUCGUCCAGCCGCAAGAGCGGCGGCGUCACGAUGAUUGACGGCAGUGGUGGACCAACGGCACUGGGUGUGUCGGUGAGCCUGUCGAAGAACAACAGCCUCAACAAGAGUCGCACGAGCCUCAACAGUAGCUCCCGGGAGGACCUGGACCGGCACGAUGCACCGUCGCUGCCACCGAAACCGGUGCGCGAGAUGUGCAAGGUUCUGUACGCCUACCAGCCGGCCAACGAGGACGAACUGAAGCUGGUCGAGGGUGACAUCAUCACGAUCCUCACCAAGGAGCUGCCGGACAAGGGCUGGUGGAAGGGCGAGCUGCGCGGUCGAGUUGGUGUGUUUCCGGACAACUUCGUGGCCCUGCUGGCCCCCGAAGGCCACAAGACGGCGCCCACCGUGUCAGCGUCGGUUCGUUCGCUCGGCAGCACCGGUGGCGUAACGGCAUUCAAUCCGGUCACUGGCGUGGUGUCGCUGGUCAAGGAACCAGUCGGACACGGUGGCCAGAGCAUAAAGCCGGACCGACCACCGCCGACCAGCAAGAUGCACAUGUUCACCAAGCAAAACUCAAGCUCAUCCGGCUCUACCACGGUGAACGCCUUCCGGAAAGAGAGCUUCGGUUCGAAGGAUUCGUUGAACGAAUCGACCGGAAGCGGUGGUCCCAACAAUUCCCCCUCGGUCACCGGUUCCCCGACGUACGGGAGCGUAGCGGCGCACCGGAAGUCACUGGAAAGCAAAGCGUCGUCCGCCGAGAGCACCACCGUCGGUGGGGCUCCGUCACCGGGCGCGCUGACGGAGAAGCCGCCCCGGAAAAGCCUCGAAAACAAAUCGGCCAUCGCCUCCGAGAUACGCAAAAGUCUCGAGAACUUGGACAGCGAUAAAAAGUCCACCCCGCCACCGGUGCUCGGCAAGAAGCCACAGGUACCGAUCAAAAAGUCCCCGUCGAUCACGAGCGUCACCGGGAACCUGUUUUCGGGGCUCAAGCAGAAAGUGAAGGGAAGCGGCGGAUCACCGGCGGCAUCGGCGACGGACAAGGGGGACGAGCGCGAUGGUGGUGGUAUGAGCCGAGCACGAUCGGAGGUGGCCGACAACGGUGAUCGCUCCGUGACCGGCGAGCGGAUCAUGGACCUGGAGCUGGGACACGUGGAGCGGGGCACCUCGGUGCUGAAGGACAUGCGGGCGAAUCGGGCAAAGGCCCCGAAACGAAGACCGCCGUCGUCACCGAGCAGUAUUAUAGGCGAUUCGAAUGCCUCAUCCGCGCCCGGCAGCAUUAUCACUACCAACGGCGCCACCCUUAGCAACGGUGGCUCUUCGGGGCUGUUUACGCAACUUUCGCUCGAACCGGAAAGCCCCAAACCGGGAGUGCUUCUUCCGGACGUCACAAAUUCGCACGCGAUGCCCGCCGAUGCUGGUGAAGAAGUCGCGACCAAAGCGACGGCCCGACCGCGCGAGUGGGAAAAAAAUAAAGUGCCGUGGAUGGACGAGCUGAAGGCAAGCCAGGCCAAGAAAACAACGGCCGCCGGUGGGCCGGUAGUGGAAAGUAAAUCUCCCGAGCAUCAUGGCGGCACCACGGUCAAUCACCACAGCACCGUCAGCAGCAGUAGCAGCGGCCACUUCCAUCAUCAGGAAGAGUCGAACAUUAUUUCCAAAUCGUUCCACGCGAGUUCCACCACAACGUCCUCGUCCUCGGCCGGGGCGGGCAAUGUGUCCCGCGCUCGGCUGAUGGAACGUUCGGCCACGACCACGGGUGUGCCGGCAGAGAGCAAUCACCACAACAGCACCAUCACCUCCAGCAACACCGCGACCGCCGUUAACAGCAACAGUAGUUCCUUCGAUCUGAUUGCUUCGUGCAAUCGGAAGGAACCGGCCACAACCGGUGCCGGGCUCGGGGCGCCCGGUGAACCAAAGCUGGCCACUGGUGCGAUGACGAAAUCGAUGUCCGCCCUAUCGUCAUCGGUCAGCAGCACCACCACAACCAAAAUUGCCAUUUCGUCGUCCGCGAUAUCGUCGUCGGAACACUCCGGCAACAACGGUGUCCCGACGGAUGCGGCGGGUGUAACGACGACAACGACGGGCACUGGGGCACACGCAACCACCACCACCACCACCAAUCGGCCCGUUAGUGUGAACCUCCGGAACACUAGCCUAUCGCCGACACCACAGAACCGUAACGCCAAAACGAUCCACAUCGUCGCAAGCAAACCGCCGGCCCCGUCCUCCACGACCGCCGCCACAGUCACGUCAACCGAUGCGCCACCAACGGGACCCGCCGUCUCGGCGGACAACGUGUGCGGUCGGGUGCACGAUCUCGAGCAGAAGGUGUACCGAAUGGAGCGCCAGCUGGUGGCCCAGGGCGGACUGAUCGACGAGCUGACGCAGCUGCUACGGGACGAGACAGACAAGGUUCGGACGUUGCAGAAGGAACUGGAAAAGUACGCGCAGUGCGUCACGCAAGUAUGAUAAGACGGGAGUCGGGAUUGGUCGAUCCGCGCUAUGAUCGCUGGCGUCGAUCGGUUCGUGUAUAGAGAGCGAGCGCACCGUCAUUAGGCAAGAAGAGUAGCGUGUAACGUGUGACCAGAGAGCAACCCCGUAGUACGAUCGCACAAACAUACCGCAGCCCCCCGGUGCAAUGAAUGUGGUUCUAGAUUGAGUGUAGAUUAUCCGGCAUGAGGAAUUGAUGGCCAAUCGGCGCGCCGCGGUACAUUAAAGUUAUGUACCGAACCCGUGCAGAUUAUUGGAUGGUUCACUUCUGCCGGAGCAGCAGCCGGAAGUCUGCUUGUUGCUCCUUAUCGUCGUGAUUUCUUUGCUAUUCUUCGCUUUUCUACAGAAAAUCGAUUUAUGUACAGUUUCGAAAUAUUCACCACACACUGGUCGCUGGUCGAGGCGGAUUCGGACGCGACGGCAAGCGGAAAACAUUUGUAAACACUGUUUCCUACUUAUCAUUCCUAGUUCUCUUCUUCAGCCCACUUUGGGGAAAGCGCAAAAGUAUUCACACUAGAUCGGCGCGAGAACUCGUACCCGUAGAAAGGGUUCUACUCAACUAUUGUGUGCAGCAUUGUGAACUAUUGUGACCCGGAACGAGGCCAUAUAUCGCUCGGAGAGUGAAGGGGCGUUCCACUCGAUCCGUUCGCUGCUGCCGUUCCCUUUCUUCGACAAUUGAUUUCUCGUAACGUACAUGUUAUGCAUUCCGCGCUUGGGCUGGUUUUUUGGGAGGGGACGGCGAGCGGCGAGCAUUCCGUGAUAAAAUAGGGCCACGACGCUAGUAGGAGGACGAGGCACAACAAGAAACACUGCGGGACCGAAAAGUGAAGAGCGAACAUGAUAGAAAUAAACGUCGAUACUGUUAGGUCGUACUUAAGCGGACAAGCGUAACAAGCUAACAAGAGUCAAGACAACAAAAAUCACGCGCCGUAAAUUAGAAUAAACAAUAACAAUGAACACAAGGACCCUUUUGGGUCCACCCGAAACACCCGAAAACGGCCCGAAGCCUGUCCGGCAGUGGAGAAACACGAGUAUUAUGCGGUGGUGGUAGUCGGUUUUAAGGCGUCCCAGAGCGGGGCCGCUUUCGCACUGACCACAGGUGCGGGGGGAUCGUCGAAGAGCGCACCCGCCCCGAUUGCGAUCCUUUGCAGGCCAACACGCAGCAUUGCGUGACGCGUUUUUGACCGAUUUGCGCUUGUUUGUAGUUUUAUUUUCCGAAGUUAGCGAAACGUAUAAUGUCGAUAAACUUUACACUAAAUGGAGUCCAAUAAAUUG